AUGAGCAAAUCAGGAUUAUCGUUCGGGAUAAACCUGGGUAAAAAACCCGGCGCAUCCAAGCCCGCCCCGGCGAAACGGAAGGCAUUCGGAGGCGACGACUCAGAUGACGAUGCGCCAAAGUCGGGAACCAAGAUCGAGACUCUGGGCGAGCUAGGCGGCUUCGACCUCGCUUCCUCUUCCACCAGACAAGAGAGUGGCGGCAAGAAAUCGAAGAGCAAGACCACAUUGCCAACACACCCACCCACGAGUAAGACCAAAAAGCAGGAAAACGCCAUGUUUGGCGACCUGUCAAGCUCACUCGCAUCAAAGAAACAUGCCGAGGCAGCGGAGGAGCUCGACCCGAGCGUUUACGACUAUGACGGCGUGUAUGAGUCUUUCAAGCCCCAGAAGAAGUCGACAAAGGAGGACGUCGAGCGCAAGCCCAAAUACAUGAAAAGCCUGCUCGAGGCGGCUUCUGUGCGGAAACGAGAUGCGCUGAUUGCCGAGGAGAAGAAGAUUGCGAGGGAGCGAGAGGCCGAAGGCGAGGAGUACGCGGACAAGGAGAAGUUCGUCACAGAGGCAUACAAAAAACAACAGGAGGAAAACCGGCGGAUCGAGGAAGAAGAGAAGAGGAGGGAGGAGAAGGAAGCGAAGAAGAAUAAGACGGGCGGCAUGAGCGCUUUCUACAAGAACCUUCUGAACAAGGGUGAGGAGAGGCAUGCUGAGGUGCUAAAGGCGGCCGAGGACAAGAGCAAGGCUGGCCUGACACCUGCGCCGGAAGACGACGACGACGUGGGCAAGGAAAAGUCCGAGGCCGACAUUGCCAAAGAGAUCAACGAACAGGGCGGUUCUGUCGCCGUCAACGAAGAAGGCCAAGUCGUGGACAAGAGACAACUCCUCAAAGGCGGUCUCAACGUCGGAGCCAAGAAGGAGGCCGAGGUCAGACAGGAGGCCGCGCGACCGAGGGAGAGCAGGCCUGAGCGCGCUUCCGGCACAGGGUUCGUCGGCUCCGGCGGCAAGGGCGCAAUGCGGGAGCGGCAAACGCAGAUGCUCGAGGCGCAACUGGAGGCGGCGCUCAAGCGGUCGCGCGAGGAAGAGGAGGCGGAACGCGAGAAGGUCGAACGGGUUACGAAGACCAGGAAGACGGAAGGGGAGAUAUCGAGCGCGAAGGAACGGUACCUCGCUCGAAAGCGCGAGCAGGAGGAGGCCAAGAAGAAGGGGUUGGCGGAGUAG